AUAAAGUCGCCUUAUUUUUGAAUACCCUCGUAUGUAUAUAUAUAUAACGAUAAAAACGUUUACAUCCUUCAAAUAAACAAUCCUAGUAACAAACCUUUUAUUCAAUAAAUAUUACGUGUUUUUAUUCAUCUCAGAGAGGUAGUGUACCUCACAUGACGAAAGAUGUUUUGAAAAUGUUAACCACAAAACAGCAGCUUUUAUCAAUCUCAGUACCUUCAAUAAUUACUAUGACUGAUGCCGUUGAGCAUUUUACUUCGUUCACUGAAUUUGUAAAUAUGCAGGAGCACCUUACCCUUCUGACGGUACAAGAUCCAGCACAAACUACCAAUUCAGGUUUUCAAAGAAGCGAUUCGAUCGCAGUUUGGUCUCGAAAAGGAAAGCAUACCCUAAGUGCAAAUGGUUACAUGGAUUUGGUUGAAAUAAUAAAACCCGACAUCUACCUUGCUUUAUGCGAUGGAGAUACUGACCUCAAAAGCACAGCGAAGCGAGCGAAAAAGGCUGUAUAUCGCAGUAGAAUUUGUCUGGAAACAUGCUUAGAUAGACAUACUGCUUCAGAAACAUUACACUCAACUGGAAUUCUAGGAGCAGUGGAAGGCGGUUACAAUAUCGAUGCGAGACAAACGUCUAUAGAAUAUUUGAAGGAUAAACCUUUACUUGGUUUUGUUAUCGAUGGGUUGCACAGAAGUGGGCCAGAAGUUGCGAAUAUUAGUUUUAAAGAAAUAAAACAGAUUGUAGAACACACUAUUAACUUAUUACCUAAAAACAAAUUGCGAGUAUCAAUGGGAAGCUGGAAUCCAGUAAUAGUAUUAAAUUUGAUUGAAUUAGGAGUGGAUGUGUUUGAUUCCUCAUAUGCUUACUUAAUCACGGAGCAAUCAAGAGCUUUCACAUUUUCGUGUGAUCACAGCUCGAAGCAGAACAAUCACUUGGAGCCUGAAAUAUCACUCAACGAAAAACGGUAUUUAAAUAUUAAAAAGAAAUAGUCAAAAAUUAUAUCAGAAAAAUUACAUUGACAUGGUACAGUAUCUACUACGAUUUCAUCCUUUGGGCUGGGACUCAGACUGACAAACUACAUACUCUAUUCUCAUACUCUAUUCUGGUCCGAAAUGUUAUUAGAUUCACUUUAUUGUAUAAAACUCAUCUCGCUUCAAUCACUUUAAAUGCUGUUCUGAGACCGUCCAACUUGAAUGCCAUACAAUGCAUUUCACGAAGCAAAAUAUUA